AGUCGUGGACAAAAAUUGGGGAUCGUUACUCUUGUCCAUUUCUAGYGGUCAAAAGUGUAUCAUUACGGGUGAAGUACCAUUUUAAGUAGAAGUACAGUACUGURAUUUCAAUUUCAAGUGUGGGCCAUCUCUUUGACAUAAAAUACUCGUACAAGUACACGCGAGAACUCGUACUUUUGUACUCGUACCAGGAAGAGAAAAUUAUUCAGUUUUUGCUUUUUUUGACUUCAAUCUUCGUUUCAUGAGAACUCAAAACAAAUGAUUCAGCAUCAGUACAACGUACCGUACAUGUCACCCUUUCAGAAUCCGUUYGUACGACACAUUACAUUGACAGCAAGUUAAAACAACUGAUCUCCAAAUUGCCACAGGUGACUGUCGUAUUUUCUUAGCUUGYAAAUUAAAAAAAUACUAUGCCRUGGUUGGAAAAAGGAAAGGAGAUUCCCUUCGAGAAUCUCCUUUUUAUUCAUGUGCCAAGAUGUGGAGGAACAUCACUCAUGAAAUCACACGAUAUUCCCAAAAAAGUGACAACCGCAGGGGCUUGGUAUAGACGACUUUUCAUGAGAAUAUUCUUCACACGCUACGAGCUUUUGGAAAAAAACAACUUUCCUUUGUGGACAGAGAUGAAUGCAGCCUGCUUUUUUAUUUUCGUAAUCGGGUGCUUUUUAUUGCAAAUAAGGGAAACGGAGUACAAGGCACUUUCAAUCGGAAUGAUUGUAGGGUCUUCUAUUGUUUUUUUCAUGUCAACGUACUUCUUUGUUGCUCCAACGAUAUGUCGUCUACGAUUCAUUCGAAGAAUGUUUCUUUGCAUCGUGCAUUACAUGAUAUGUCAACUGAUCGCAAACACAGAGUACAUCAUGGGGAGUAAUUUGCAUGGUUAUUUACCCCAUUUGACUGCACGUAAAAUCAUCGAUUAUGGCUAUGUCAGCGAAGAUCGAUUUGAAGAGGUUUCAACUUUUGCUAUUGUUAGGAAUCCAUAUGCUCGAAUGGUCAGCCUCUAUAUGUACAAUCGGUUCGGUCCCUGGGAAUCGUUUUCAGAUUUCGUGAGAACUUGGUACGAUCGAACUAUCAAAGACUAUCGAGAACACGGAAAAAUGGAAGAAUGGGAUACGCCAUGCCAUGCUAUUCCGCAGUUUGAGUUUACGCACGAUGCAAAUGGUACCAAACAGCUUGUGCAUUCCGUAAUAAAACAAGAAGAACUCAAGUGCCUCAAGAAAGCCUCGAAGACAGGUAGCGACUUUGUCAACAAAACGAGGGGCGAUGUCUCGAAAGACGUGGAAGUGAAUGAUGAAAAUCACGAUGAUGGCCACACCGUAUUGUGCAGUAUGAGCAGCAGUGAUAGCUCGCAAGGAAAAUCCAAUGUUGAACAUACAAAAACAAAUGAUGCGGCGUCGAUACGGUGCCUUCCAGAUCCCGUACGUUGUGCCUUACUGGGAAUGCCGCACGAAAAUAAGCGCAAGACCAAAACACCGUGGUAUGAACAUUAUGACCAGGAGACUUUAAAUUUGACUUAUGAAAUGUACCACCGAGAUUUCSAGAUUUUUGGGUAUAACGUCGUCUUGGAGCAACGACCCGAUCUAGAACCGCCAACGCCAGUCGUCAGAGAUGUUUGCGUGUGAUAUAAAGUCAAGUUSAUGGAAUUUGAAACGACGCACAAAUUUAGUGACUCAAUAGUUGUGGAAGUAAUUCGUCGUGUCGUAUGACCACGACUUCUCAGCGUUGCAAGAGAAAAAGAGUUGAGACUCUUUGAUGCAAUGUUUCCCCUGAUGGGGUUUUGAAAACCAAGGAUGAAGCUGUAAAUUGCAAUACUAUUUGAUCAUUUUUCAAUCAUGUGAGUGGUGGCAAACUAAUCUAUGUUGUUAUAUGUGACUUGCCACAAGUAUACCCAUGCAUACAACAAGUAAUAAGUAAAUAAUUGUCGAUUCA